AUGGUUCUUAGCAAUGCUGUUUCAAGAAAAGUUCCCACAAGGUUUUUAUUGUUGCCCUGCCCAUUUCGUUCUUUCGCAAGCUUCACAAACAAUUUUUCUUCAGUUUCUCAGGUAGUUUUGGAACAAAACCCAGAAUCAUUAAACUAUGCUUUUCAGUCUAAAGACAAUGGCAUUGCAUUUAAAAACCAGAUAUCUGGGGAUGUCAUUGCUACUUACGCUUCUUUAGCAGAAGAGUGCACAAAUAUCACAUCACUGAACCAAUUAAAUGCUCUCAUUCAUGUCAGUGGGCUUGGACAAAAUGUCUCUUUAGGUACCAAACUGGUGCACAUGUAUGCUAGGUAUAGCAGUAUGGACAAUGGUCGCCAAGUGUUUGACAAAAUGCAGAAACGAGAUGCUUUCCUCUGGAAUUCGAUCCUUAGAGGAUAUGCAUGGAAUGGACCCUAUGAAGAAGCCUUGUCAUUGUAUUCUCAAAUGCAACAUGCAGGCAUAUGGGCAGACAACUAUACUUACGCCUUUGUGCUCAAGGCAUCUGCCGGGUUAUCAUCUUUGAAAGUGGGAAGGAAGAUUCACUGUCAGAUAAUUAGAAGUGGAUUUGAAUCCCACGUUUUUGUGAGAACUUCCCUCGUAGACAUGUAUUCAAAGUCUUCGAGUAUAGAUGAUGCACGCCAAGUGUUUGAUGAAGUGCCACUGAGAAAUGUUGUCUCCUGGAAUGCCAUGAUUGCUGGAUACAGCCGAAAUGGACACGCCAAAGAGGCCUUGGCACUCUUUUAUCAAAUGCGAUGGGAACAUGUAGUGGCUGACUCAGUUACGAUGGUGAAUGUUCUGCCUGCGUGUGCAGAAUUGCGAGAUCUCAAACAAGGUAAGUGCAUGCAUGAUUUUGUACUUAGAAAUGGAUUUGAUUUGGAUCCCUUCGUGGGGAAUUCCCUGAUAGAUAUGUAUGCUAAGUGUGGAAGUUUAGAAAUCGCAUGCCAAUUGUUUGACAAAAUGCUGUGGAAAGAUGUUGUCUCAUGGACUGCAAUGAUUGCUGGGUAUGCUCAAAAUGGAUGUGCCAGAAAGGCCUUACAACUUUUUCAUCAAAUGCUACAGGAAAAUGUCACACCAGACUCAAUUGCCAUUGCUAGUGUGAUCUCAGCUUGUACCCAUUUGGGAGCUCUCGAACAUGGCAAGUGGAUUCAUGAUUACAUAAGCAAAUUUUUUUUUAAGUUGGAUGUGUUUGUGACAAACUCCCUUAUAGACAUGUAUGCCAGGUGUGGUAACUUAGAGGUGGCAAGACAGCUUUUCAAUAAAAUGCCUGAAAAAGAUUUGAUUUCAUGGAAUAUUAUGCUCGCUGGCUAUGGACUACAUGGACUUGGCAAGCAGACAUUGGAGCUUUUUGCACAAAUGCAAGAUAUUGGAGUGGAGCCAAACAACAUCACCUUUGUGCAUAUUUUGUCUGCAUGUAGUCACGCUGGUCUUGUAAGUGAGGGCUGGCAAUAUUAUGAUUGCAUGACUCAAAUCUAUCAAAUUGAACCCAACAUGGAGCACUAUUCGUGCAUGGUUGAUCUUCUUGGCCGUUCAGGGCAUCUAGAUGAAGCUGAAAGAUUCAUCGAAACUAUGCCUGUUAAACCUGAUGCUGAUGUAUGGGGUGCCUUGCUUGGUGCCUGUCGAAUUCACAAAUGCAUCGAGCUUGGAGAACGUGCUGCGGAGCAUCUUUUCAUCUUAGAGCCCACAUAUCCUGGAUACUAUGUCCUGCUGUCAAACAUGUAUGCUGAGGUUGGCUUGUGGGACAAGGUAACAAAGGUGCAAAGAAUGAUGAAAGAAAAAAGUUUGAAGAAGACACCAGCAUGCAGCAUAAUUGUUUUGCAUGGCAAGGUUCAUACAUUUUAUGCUGGAGACAAAUCACAUCCUCAAUUUGAUCAAAUAAUUGCUGCAAUGGAAACGCUCGCUUAG